ACAGGGGCGGGGGCGUUGAACUUUCACCAGCUGGCUUUAUUAGGCGGGUGCAGCUGGGGUGUCAACCAUAGUGAUUGGAACGUUGCACUUUUGGCUUUUCGCAAUAUCUUUGAAAGAAGCGCUUCCCCAGCCGACAGCGUCCCAUCUCUCGAGUCGGGGUCUCCGGUUCUCCCAAAAUGGCCGACAAUCGAGAUUGGGCUAAGGAGCAGUUGAAGCGCUGGCAACAGCAGCGGGGCUCGCAGGAAGCUGAUUGCUUAACCACAGGAGCUGGAAUCCCAGUGGCAGACAAGCUGAAUGUCCUGACUGUUGGUCCAAGAGGUCCACUCUUGGUUCAGGAUGUGGUUUUCACUGAUGAGAUGGCACAUUUCGAUCGAGAAAGGAUUCCUGAGAGAGUUGUCCAUGCCAAAGGAGCUGGAGCAUCUGGCUAUUUCGAAGUGACACAUGAUAUCACCACAUUCUGCAAGGCAAAGGUAUUUGAGUACAUAGGCAAAAGAACUCCAAUGACUAUUCGAUUUUCAACUGUUGCUGGAGAAUCAGGCUCAGCAGACACAGUGCGUGAUCCCCGAGGCUUUGCAAUGAAAUUCUACACUGAAGAUGGAAACUGGGAUCUUGUAGGGAACAACACUCCCAUCUUCUUCGUUAGAGAUCCUAUGCUGUUUCCAUCUUUUAUCCAUACUCAAAAGAGGAACCCACAGACACACCUGAAAGACCCAAACAUGGCGUGGGACUUCUGGAGUCUUUGCCCUGAAUCUUUGCACCAGGUAUCAUUCCUGUUCAGCGAUCGUGGCAUUCCAGAUGGGCACCGUCACAUGAAUGGCUAUGGGUCACAUACAUUUAAGCUAGUCAAUGCUUACGGCAAUGCAGUAUAUUGCAAAUUUCAUGUAAAGACUGAUCAAGGAAUUAAAAACCUUUCUGUCAAAGACGCAGAAAGACUGGCUUCUGAAGAUCCGGAUUAUGGCCUGCGUGAUCUUUACAAUGCAAUUGCUAAUGGAAACUUCCCCUCUUGGACUUUCUAUAUUCAAGUUAUGACAUUUGAACAAGCUGAGACAUUUCCAUUUAAUCCUUUUGAUGUUACAAAGGUUUGGCCUCACAAAGAUUAUCCUCUCAUUCCUGUGGGAAGAAUUGUCUUAAACCAAAAUCCCAACAAUUAUUUUGCUGAAGUGGAACAAUUGGCCUUUGACCCAAGUAACAUGCCUCCAGGAAUUGAACCUAGCCCUGAUAAAAUGUUACAGGGUCGUCUUUUCUCAUAUCGAGAUACUCACGGACAUCGUCUGGGACCCAACUACCUUCAAAUUCCUGUAAAUUGUCCAUAUCGAACUAGGGUGGCCAAUUACCAGAGAGAUGGACUUAUGUGCAUUUCUGAUAACCAGGGUGGUGCCCCAAACUAUUAUCCAAAUAGUUUUACUGGCCCCGAGGAACAACCUGCUUUGAAGGAGAGCUGUGUAUUUAUCUCAGGCGAUGUACAACGUUUUAAUAGUUCAGUUGAGGAUAACGCCUCUCAAGUACGGGACUUCUUUGUCAAAGUAUUGAGUGAGGAAGAGCGCAUGAGGCUUUGUGAGAACAUUGCCAACCAUCUUAAGAACACUCAGCUUUUCAUCCAGAAGAGAGCUGUGAAAAACUUUACUGAUGUUCAUCCCGAUUAUGGUGCAGGGAUUCAAACCUAUCUGGAUAAACACAAUGCUGAAGGAAAAAGAAAGGACUAAGUUCAUACGUAAUACACAAACUUCAUUCGCUGGAAAGGAGAAGCCUUAUCUGUAAACAACAUGAUUUGUGAUUAGCAGUCACAUUAGAAACGUUUAUCUGAAAUCCCUCAAUCUGGAAAAUGAGCCAUGAAAAGCUUUACAUGUAAUGGAAUUGCCAGCUGUGCUAUUAACUCUGUUAUUCUGUUAACUGCAGUACACAACCAAGUGUUAUUCUCACUUUAAAAACAACUUGAAUUCACCAUAUAGAUUGUUACCCUGGCAAUACUUUUGAAAUACAUUAGAAUAAUUUUUGGUUUAUUUUUGUGUAUUAACAUGUUUUAUGAUUGUAAGCUUGCAUUUAUUUAGCAAAAUAAAUUUAUUCAGCAAAAGAGCAUACACUACUAUGAUUGAUAUCUUUUAUUGGUAGUGCUGGCUUUCGUAUAGCAGUAUAACAAUCUUUUUCAAAUCUCCAUGUAGUAAAUUAAAAACUAUUGUAACAUAUUUGAAGGAGAAUUAUGUUUAAAUGUGAAACUUACUUGUGCUAUAAAAGCUUUAUAUAUAAUGGUAUUCUUAUCUAUUAGCAGCAAUACAAAAGCAUUCCAAUUUGAACAUCUUUUU